AUGGGUUCUCUCACAAAUUCUCAUCUAUGUUUUCUAGUUACCUUUCUUUUUGCCAUUCAUGUCUUACAUUAUAUCUCACCUCUUGAAGCCAAUAACAAUGGUGGGUUCAGUGCUAGACUAAUCCGGAAAAACCUUCCUUCUAGAUGCAGCAUCUUUCAGCCAAAUAUAUAUAACUCUGGAGAGUCCCCAGUGAAUGCCUAUCUUGGUCAAUAUCUCAUGGAGGUUUCCAUUGGAACUCCACCCGUAACCAUUCAAGGUAUCGCUGACACAGGUAGUGAUCUCGUGUGGACGCAAUGUGUACCAUGCGAUAAUUGUUAUAAGCAACAAAAACCCUUGUUUAAUCCUCAAAAAUCCUCCACUUAUUCCAACAUCGCAUGCACCUCACAGUUGUGUCAUAAGUUGGACACAGGCGUGUGUUCUCCUCAGAAGCAAUGCAACUACAGCUAUGGCUAUGGAGAUUCUUCCUUGACAAAAGGUGUUCUUGCACAAGAAACACUUGCCUUGGAGCAAAACCGUAAAGUUAGUGGCUUUAUUUUCGGCUGUGGACAUAAUGACAAGGGUGGUUUCAAUGAUCAUGAAAUGGGUAUAAUCGGUCUCGGAAGAGGAGAAGUGUCUCUAAUCUCUCAAAUAGGUUAUAACUUUGGAGGCAAGUUGUUCUCGAUGUGUUUGGUUCCAUUUGGCACUGACCCAAGCAUUUCAAGAGAAAUUCGUUUUGGAAGUGGGAGUGAAGUAAUAGGGCAUGGUGUGGAUUCUACACCUUUGGUUUUCAAGGAAGGUGAUAAGACAACAUAUUCUGUUACCUUAAAUGGUAUUAGUGUGGGAGAUAAAUUUUUACCCUUUAGUAGUUCUUCACAAAAUGUAGCCAAAGGUAACAUGUUCCUAGAUUCGGGGACACCACCAACUAUUCUACCACAAGAUUUGUAUGAUCGAUUGGUGGCUGAAGUGAGAAAUCAGGUUAAGAUGGAGCCCAUUAAAGAUGACCCACAAUUGGGUAACCAGCUUUGCUAUAAAACAAAGACUAAUCUUCGUGGGCCUAUGUUGACAGCCCAUUUUUUCGGUCAUGUAAAUCUACAGUUAAGUCCAAUCCAAACCUUCAUACCACCGAAAGAUGGUGUUUUCUGCUUGGCAUUUACCAACACUAGUAGCGCUGUCGGGGUUUAUGGCAACUUUGCUCAAUCAAAUUUUUGGAUUGGGUAUGAUCUAGAACACCAGUUUGUCUCUUUCAAGGCAACUGAUUGUACGAAACACUAG